GGUUGCUUUUGAUAGACCUCGGCUAGAAAGAAACCACUAUAUAAUCCCCCACUUACUCCAUUUUCCCAUUAAAGAAUAAUCUCAGAACUCAGUUCAUCACUAAAUUCCUCCAUUUUUUUUUUCACACACACACACACACACUAUUACUCACAAAAACACCUUCCCUUUCCAAAAAUAGAAAUAAUAUAAUGGGUUUUCCAUUAGGCUACACUGACUUUCAUUUCCCCAAACAACUCCUUCACCUCCUUUCACUUCUUGGUUUCAUCAGAAAACUCAUUUGCACAUUAUUCACCUUCAUGGGCCUCGGUGAUUUCUUCGAACCCGAAUUGCCCGACCCGACCCGACCCGAAUUUCCUGACCCGACCUGGAUGUGCUCCGUAUCGGCGGAGCUGAUCCGGGAGAUAUUGCCACUUGUGAAGUACUCUGAGAUACCCGACCCGACCCGACCCGAAUCAUGCGCGGUGUGUCUUCAUGAGUUUGGUUCGGAUGACGAGAUUAGGAGGCUGGUGAAUUGCUGCCACGUGUUCCAUAGAAGCUGUGUGGACCGUUGGAUGGAUCAUGAUUAUAGGAUGACGUGUCCGCUUUGUAGGAGGGAAUUUAUACCGGAGGGUAUGAUGGGGAUUUUUAAUGAGAAGUUAUGGUUGGCUUCUGGAAUUAAUUCUGGUUUUUAUGAAGAAUACUAGUCACAAAAAAAAAAAAAAAAAAAAAAGGAUUUUUUAUUU